ACAUCAAAUGUCAGUCAUACUCAAUAGAUUGCCAAAUUUUACAUUUUUUAAUUUUUGUUAGACUUUUUUUUUCAAAUUAAAAACGAGAACAGUUUUUUUUACCCAACAGUCUUACGAAAUAUGACUUUUCUGUUAAACUGAACUUGUGACUCCAUUAAAAAGAGAAAACAAUUCCGUGAUGGUGAAAUAUUCGAAUGAAUUAAUGUUAUUGCAAAAUUCAAUUUGUGUGUAGUGUUUAUGUUUAAUCACCAAACAACACAUCAUGAAACGACAAAAGCAUCGCAAUCACACGUACUUCCGUGUGAGUGACUAUUCGAACGAUCAUGAAGACUCAUCGGAAUAUCCGUUGCAACCAACAAUUAACACGCAGACCAACAACUUUAACAUCCUGGAAGCUCAAAUUCAAGAAGGCGACACACUACAAGCAAUAGCAUUGCGUUUCAAUUGCACGGUGGCCGAACUGAAACGACUUAACAAAAUCGAAAAAGAGUACGAAAUCCAUGCUCGCAAAAUCAUCAAAGUUCCAGUGACACCACAUUCACUGCUGCUGGAAAAUCAACCUCUAGUGCACAGAAGUGGACAAAGCAGUCCGAAACACGGUCAAAACAAUAAGGAAAAUGUAGCAAAUGAAAAUCUUCUUUCUGCUGCUGUUAGUUUAUCCACUGAACCAUCAAUUAACGACAUCAUAUUAAAUACGCCAAUUGCAUCCAAUCACUACGAAGACGCCACAGCUCCGAAACCCGACCAUCAUUCGAGUGCAAUAGAUGAUCCGUUGCUAGGCGAUGCAUCGAACGAAUAUGGUGGUAUGGAUAGUCGGUCGAGGCCGCAUUCCAUUUCCGGUCAAAAUAUUGAUUUUAGGGACUUCUCUUGUUCGGGAUCGGAUUGUGAUAUUUCGUGGAUUUUCCUUCUAAUUUGUAUUUUAGUUUUAUGUUUUGCUAUUCCAUUGGUUUAUGUCUUUUAUAUUGCCGAACAGGAAGAAAUUCAUAGGCACGACCAUAAUCAGUCGCAUCAGAGCUGAGACUUUUGGUUUCUUUUUGUUUUGUUUAAAUUACCAGUUAACUAGAAGAACUGAACAUGGUUAAUCCCCCAUCACAGGAGUAAUAACGUUGUGGCUAUGAUAAUUCAUCACUUUGUUCGUUGGUAGUCGUAAUGAAUGAUUCUUACAAGAUCAACACCUCAGUUUUGAUGGUUUGAUAAGGUUUCUAAUAAUGUGCCUUCUGCUGCUGUACAUAUACUGACAGGAAAAUAUAAAUAAUUUAUUUGGA